UGACCUUGUCAUUUGCAGCACUAGUCCAAAGCAAGAUCAUACCUUGCUUUUGACUGAAGAAAAACGCUGUUGAACAUUCGUAAAAAAUAGAACCGUUCAAUAAAACUUGUAUCUCUAUCGAUUCUCGGUGUAUCUAUCUUUUUCUCAAUAAAACCAUCUCUCUAACAACGAAUACAUUAGGGUUUCGGUGUAUCUGUAAUCGUGAAAUUUCCAUAUAGACGAUACAUAUCAUAUAGAAGAAAAAAAAAGGCAAGCUUUCUCUUUUCCAAAGAAAGCGAAAGCUCGCCGACCAUGCCCGGAAUUUCAAGAUUUACCUUCUCUCUCGUAAUCGUCAUCGUCUUUGGCCUCUUCUUCUCCCCCACCGUCCGAUCUGAUUCUUCCAUCCUACGAUUACCCCUUGAAAAUGACAACGGCGGCGAUCUCUGCUCCGGCACGGCGGCUCCGGCGUCUUGCCCCGUCAAGUGCUUCCGGACCGACCCCGUCUGCGGCGUCGACGGCGUCACCUACUGGUGCGGCUGCUCCGACGCGCUUUGCGCGGGCACUCGAGUCGCCAAAUUAGGGUUUUGUGAGGUUGGGAAUGGGGGAAGUGGUUCGCUCUCUGGUCAGGCACUCCUAUUGGUUCACAUCGUCUGGCUCAUAUUGCUUGGUUUCUCUGUCUUGUUCGGCCUUCUCUGAAUGAAUCGACUUCACUUCAUUCAAAUCUUCUCUGAUUUUAUUUCAAUUGAUUGCAUUCGAUUCGAGGUUAGAUCUGCUACGAUUUGAUCUUUUUAUUUUAUUUUAUUAAUUUCUAAUUUGUUCUGAUCUUUGUGAUUCGGAUACGUCUGUAUGUAUAUGAUUACUGUAUUUAAAGAGGGAGAAUUACGGCCAUUGUUCAUCUCAUUUUUUAUUGUUUCGUAAAAUUUGAGGAAUUAAGAGAGAUUUGUGUAUUUAUUAUUAAAUUAUUCAACUCUGUUGAGACAAUCAAUUAUGAAUGAUUUUUUUUAGGUAAAA